AUGGCCUCCAUUGAUUCACUGCUAUCUCCGAGGGCUUUCCUUCCAAAAUCCUCCUUCAACCAACCCACCCCGCGUCUAAACCAUGUACCAACUAAGCGUUUCAAUUUCACUCGGAAUCCCAGAACGUCAUUGCUGUUUCUUCACCGAAACAGGUUUGCUCUCUGCUUGGCAGUUUCAAAUUCUUCGGAUUCACCGUCAAAGUCCUCCGGUGGUGAUGAAGCUGCCGGAGACGAUUUUGUAACCAGGGUUUUGAAGGAAAAUCCCAGCCAAUUGGAACCCAGGUAUUUAAUUGGCGAUAAGUUGUAUACUUCGAAAGAGAAGGAGUAUUUGAGUAGAAAAUCGGAGGUGGGUGUGUUUGAUUUCGUUGUGAAGUGGUUGAAUUCGAGAAAGAAGUCGAAGGAGGAGGGAAUUGAGGGUCAUGAGGAGGGUGGAACUAGGAGUGAGGCUGUGUAUUUGAAAGACAUUUUGAGAGAGUAUAAAGGGAAGCUUUAUGUGCCUGAGCAGGUCUUCAAUACAGAAUUAUCGGAGGAAGAAGAAUUUGAUAGAAGUCUUGAGGCGUUGCCGAAAAUGAGCUUUGAGGAUUUUCUGAAAGCCAUGGAGAGCGACAAAGUAAAAUUGUUAACUUCAAAGGAGAGUAUAGCUACGUCUUAUGGCAACAGGUUCAGAGAUUUCAUUGUCGAUUUAAAAGAAAUUCCAGGUGAAAAGAGCUUGCAAAGAACUAAAUGGUCGUUAAGGCUUGAUGAGAGUGAAGCUCAAACAGUAUUGGAGCAGUAUACAGGUCCACAAUACCAAAUUGAGACGCGUACCUCGUCUUGGGUGGGAAAAUUGCCUGAUUACCCUCAUCCUGUAGCAUCUCGCAUAUCUAGCAGAAUGAUGGUAGAGCUUGGAGUAAUGACUGCUAUAAUGGCUGCUGCAGCGGUUGUUGUUGGAGGGUUCCUAGCUUCUGCUGUAUUUGCUGUUACUAGUUUUGUCUUUUUGACAUUUAUUUAUGUUGUAUGGCCGAUAAUCAGACCAUUUCUUAAGCUUUCUCUUGGUCUGAUCUUUGGCAUUUUUGAGAGAGUUUGGGAUAACGUUGUUGAUUUUUUUGGUGAUGGAGGGAUUUUCUCCAAGAUUAAAGAGUUUUACACUUUCGGUGGCGUCUCUGCCAGUCUUGAGAUGUUAAAACCAAUUAUGAUUGUUCUUUUGACCAUGGUUCUUCUUGUUCGCUUUACCCUUUCAAGGAGGCCCAAGAACUUCCGCAAGUGGGAUCUUUGGCAAGGGAUUGAUUUUUCACGCUCUAAAGCAGAAGCUCGUGUUGAUGGUUCGACCGGAGUCAAGUUCAGUGAUGUAGCAGGAAUUGAUGAAGCUGUGGAGGAACUCCUAGAGCUGGUGAGAUACUUGAAGAAUCCUGAACUGUUUGACAAAAUAGGAAUAAAGCCUCCUCAUGGAGUUCUUCUGGAAGGACCUCCUGGCUGUGGUAAGACGUUGGUGGCCAAGGCCAUAGCUGGUGAAGCUGGUGUUCCAUUUUACCAAAUGGCUGGAUCCGAGUUUGUCGAAGUUCUAGUCGGUGUUGGUUCUGCUCGUAUUAGAGAUCUGUUUAAGAGAGCAAAGGUAAACAAACCAUCAGUUAUCUUCAUUGAUGAAAUUGAUGCCUUGGCAACUAGGCGUCAGGGAAUUUUCAAGGAAUCUACGGAUCUUCUCUACAAUGCAGCUACCCAAGAGAGGGAAACCACAUUGAACCAACUUCUCAUAGAGCUUGAUGGAUUUGAUACUGGAAAAGGUGUUAUAUUUUUAGCUGCCACGAAUAGAAGAGAUCUGUUAGAUCCUGCACUUCUUCGACCGGGUCGUUUUGAUCGAAAGAUAAAAAUUCGUCCCCCGGGUGCGAAAGGGAGACUCGAUAUCUUGAGAAUUCAUGCAAGCAAAGUGAAGAUGUCAGACUCUGUUGAUCUAAGCAUCUACUCACAGAAUUUACCUGGUUGGUCGGGAGCGAAGUUGGCUCAACUUGUCCAGGAAGCUGCUCUUGUUGCUGUGAGGAAAGGGCAUGAAUCUAUUGUUCAGUCAGACAUGGACGAUGCAGUUGACAGGCUCACUGUUGGACCAAGACGUGUCGGCAUAGAGCUAGGUCAUCAGGGACAAUGCCGGAGAGCUACCACAGAAAUGGGUGUUGCUAUAACUUCACAUUUGCUUAGGAAAUAUGAGAGUGCAAAAGUUGAAUGUUGUGAUCGUAUUUCAAUCAUCCCCCGUGGUCAGACAUUGUCACAAGUUGUGUUUCGCCGGCUCGAUGAUGAAUCAUACAUGUUUGAGCGACGACCGCAAUUACUUCAUCGUCUCCAGGUUUUUCUUGGAGGCAGGGCUGCGGAGGAGGUCAUAUACGGGCGGGACACAUCAAAGGCAUCAGUUAGCUAUCUUGCUGAUGCCUCUUGGCUUGCUCGGAAAAUUUUAACAAUUUGGAAUUUGGAGAAUCCCAUGGUGAUACAUGGGGAACCACCACCAUGGAGGAAGAAAGUGAAGUUUGUUGGUCCAAGGUUGGAUUUCGAAGGCUCUCUUUACGACGACUAUGAUCUAAUCGAACCCCCACUGAAUUUCAAUUUAGAUGACGAAGUUGCUCGGAGAACUGAAGAGCUAGUACGUGACAUGUAUGAUAGGACGCUGGCUAUGCUCCAGAGACACCACGCAGCAUUGCUUAAAGCCGUGAAAGUUCUCAUCAGCCAGGAGGAAAUAAGCGGAGAAGAAAUCGACUUCAUUCUAGAUAAUUACCCUCCACAAACACCUAUUAGUGUUCUUUUGCAAGAGGAAAACCCUGGAAGCCUUCCAUUUGUAAGACGAGAACAAGAACGAGUACCGGAACGUGAACAUGAACAUGAUUUCGAGUAUGCUGCUGUUCCUCAGUCCAUAAGUGAAGCCUGAGAAGGAUGCAAAAUCUAUAUGUGAAAUUGGUAGUUUGAUGAUGAGGUUCCAUGACCUUGUUAACAUGCCUCUCUAUUCCCUGCAUCUUUUGCAUUGCAUCAGUUUGUGAAGCUUGAAGAUGGUAGCAGCUAAAUUGAGAUGACAAAUAUUGUCAUAUUAUAUUCUCUCAAAAUUCACAUUUUUUUUAAUAAUAAAAUUCUCAUAGGUUAAAUUUGCAAUUAUCAAGUCAAUUUUUUUAAGCGAAUUAUCAAGUCAAUAUAUUCUGUAGGUAGAACUUUUGAUCUUUACAUACUAUAUUUAAUAUAUUCCUUUUCUUUUACA